AUGUCCAGAAACCUUACAGUUAUAAAAGAACUAGGGCUUUGGUGCCCGUACGGCGGUAAACCUUAUAUUUGCGAGGGGGCCUAUUAUGAGUUUGUCGGUUGUUGCAAGUAUGAUCCUUGCGCAGGAAACGACGGGUUCUGUACAGCCGCAAAUACCACAACCGCAAAUUCAACCUUGGAAGAGCGUCUCGGAAUCCGAUUAAGCUUCAUCUGCCGCAAUACCGAUUAUGCUGCCAAGCUCACCAAUACUUGGCCGUACCAUGUCGUUUACAACCCGGAUGGCAAGAACCUUUCCUGUAUUGGAAGUACUCCUAGGGAGAAUACUGAUGCCAGAUGUUUGCCUCCUGAUUUAAAUUUGCGAGAGGCAAUAAUGAGCCUUGGUAGCCCCAAUGGCACCAACAUUACCGAAGAACCGGAGCCUACCCCAAGUCUAGCCUUUGGAGUCACUGAUACCCCUGAUACACGCAGUGGGCAAACUUGGACUCCUCUAAUGAAAAAUGACAUUGUUGGUCUGUCUAUCGGUAUCACGGUUUUUGCCUUGAUCCUACUUGGAUUGCUCGGCAGGUAUUUCUGGAUCUCUGAAUCAAAGAAGUACGCAGUCUCUCGAAGGCAGUCUCAGUUGCCCGAAAAUUCGCAUCAGACCCUGCUUAAAGCUGGUCUCAGACAACAUACUACAUCUGAAGACCGGUCCAGUACAUCUGGGGGAAGCUCUGGAGCCGCCUCUCAUCAAGACAGUUCGAAUUGGUACGGGGAUCGACAGAGACUCAAUCAAAAGAACUUCUCUUGGUACACAGAAUUGAUAUGGGAUGUUAUUUUGACAAUAGCUCCCACGUUUUUCAUCGUUGUCCCCGUUCUGGCUCUGUGCAUCAAUAAUCAACCCAUCUCGUCACAUGGGGAGACCUUGAUGAGCAUCAACCGCUUGAUUCCCACCAUAUAUCCUAUCCUCUUUGCAGCCGUUGCAUCUCGUUUCUACAAGAAUCUAGGUCGUUUCCACUUGGAACAGCCUGAUGGGAUAAGCCUCGCUGCUCUGGAACAAAUAAUGGGUAGCCAAAGCUUUGCUGGCGCCAUAGAGCGUCUGCUGUUUGUUCGAACCCAAGUGCCAAUUGGUAUUCUGAUCCUUGUUAUUUGGGCAAUGUCUCCACUUGGAGGUCAGGGAGGUGCAAGAAUGAUAAAUCAUUCCUACAACGAGUAUCUAUCCUACGGAGGUGUCUCCUACGUUCACCCAAGCUAUCAAGUUUCCGGCUAUUCGAGUCAAGAGUAUGAGAUUACGAUGCACCUUGGUGUUAACAGCCUGUACUCUUCCUCGCUUCUCUCAUCACCAGAUCAAAAACUGGCACCACGAGAUCUUUGGGAGAUGCCCAAAAUCCCGCAAAGAGACAAGAGUAAACCAAGAGGAGAGAUGCAUGAGAUCGAUAAGCAGGCUCUUGCCCGCGGCGACAGUGAAUAUUAUUCCCUGAUUGGAACCAAAAUCCAGGGGUUGGACUUCGCAAAACAGAGCAAUGCAGUGUUAAACUUUACAGUUGAGACCUCUUAUAUCGAACUGGACUGUCUCUGUCAGUAUCCGGACUUCAACUUGUCUGUUUGGAUGGACCACCCACAGGGUGAUCCCAUGUAUGCUACUUUCGGAAAAUUGCGAAACAGUGGCAAUGAUACGAGUGUAGAUAUCCAAUUCUCCGGAGGACUAAACUGGAGGUGGCAGAGAGCUAGCUGGGAGGACACUAACAUUUAUGUGCCACAUUUGGCCUGGUUGAGCUCCAGGAACGAGGACGAGCCCGCUCCUUUGAGCAGGGCUAAAGACAGUCAGAUUAUGUUCAACUGUUCUAUUGACACUGUCACUCUCGAGACGGAGAUUUUGUGUGAUUUGAACUCCACAAACCCUACUUGCUCUGCCGAACGCCAGCGCCUAGUUGACAUUGCGGAUCUAAAACUUGACUUAUUGAUGAGGACGAUGAAAUCGGUCGGAGCAAUGUGGAACCUCAUCUCGUGGUGGAAGACUGCCGAUGGGGGUUUUAACAACCGUGCAUCCUCCCCGACCGAAGUUUACAUCGCCGGUGGUUCAUCGCCAUAUGGGACCGAUGAGAUGUUAAGAUGGCUGACCUGGGAUGAGAGGCAGGUCUCUCGUCGGAUGACUACCGCAUUCAACACCUUCCAUAUGGCAACACUCAACCCAAUGAACCAUACCGAGAUGGCUUUCAGGAAAGACCCUGGACCUCAAAAAUACCUUCCACUCUCCCCGAGCACGCCGACCUUUUACAAUGAAACUGUAGGGACUGUGACCACGACGGUUGAAGUUUACCGUACAGACAAAGCCUGGACAGCACUUCAUCUCGGUACCAGUUUUGUACUCCUGAUCUUAGCGGGCUUGGGCUUGGCCCUACGCUUGCUCAUCAAAGGACCUGACGUGAUUGGGUAUGCCAGCUCAAUGACACGCGACAAUACCUAUAUUCCGUUAUUGCAAGAUAGUGGGAGUGUGUUGCAUGGUCCGACCAGAGCUAGGCUUCUCAAGGACCUUCGCGUACAGCUGGCUGAUGUGCGCCCAGAGAGCAAUGCCGGGUACAUUGCUUUCAGAGCUGUACCAUCGAAUCUUCAGAAAGGGGCUGCGAUUAAAGAUCAUGAGCGGCAAAAUGACUUGUGGAGGCCGUUUACGGGUGACAGGCGCUAUGUAUAG